AUGGCCCCGAAGAAGCGUGCCGACGCAGCUGCAGCUGCUAGAGAGCCUCGAGGAGGUAGAGGAGGAAGAGGCCAAGGUCGAGGUGGAAUUCAAGAAGGCGCUCAGUCUUCAAUGAGCAAUCCACCUGCAAGGAAUGAUCAGUCGAUGAGUCAAGAAGGCCAACAAGGCCAACAAAACCGUCCUCUACCUGCUCGUAACUCCGGUCUUCCAACUUUCGGCAACCCAAACUUCUCGCCCAAUAUAGAUCCUAGACUACAAAGUGCCGGUGGUUUAGUCGAUCAAGCCUUUAAUCCUCAGAUCGCAUUGUUACACGGAAACCAAAGUGGCCGCAACUUUUCAGGCGAAACAUCUGGUGGUGCUUCUAGAAGUUCUGCUACCUUCAUUCCGGCUACCCCUAGCCAUAGAAGCGCUCUGCCCUCGACUGCUACUCCACGGUCGUCGCUCGCCGAUACUCCAAGAGCUACCGAAAGUACAUCGAAUACCCCGACUACCGGUACAUCUACACAGCCUGAUCUCCAACCCAGCUAUGCCAAUUUCCAACAGCCGUCAGCGCCGCUUGCAAAGAAAUCACGUCCGCGCAAGAAUUUGAUAAAAGAGGCUCUUGCAAACCGAGACAUUGAUGAGGAUAUCGCAAGUGACUCUGAUCUCGCGGAUAAUGACAAAAGUCUUCUUCGUAAGUUCGAUCGAGAAGUUCGAAUCAAUAGCUUCAUGUUCCAUUCAUGGUUUUUUGCUCCUCAUGUAAUCCGAAAAAUCUUUGGCCAAGACCUCAAGGACACGGAUUCUGUCUUCAAUACAUGCAAGACCAAAUUCAAGGACAAUAUCCGUACCCAAAAGCAUGAGAUGCUAAGGAAGCUGAAAGAGAACAUGAAGGAGAUUGAAAAUACCUUGCCAGAUGUUUGGGCUCUUGAUGACGACCAGUUCAGAGAUCGUUUGUUUUCUCUCUUGAACCAAACCACUUUCCAUCACAUCUGGUACUAUCUUGAAGGCAUAAUCAGCUUGGAGAAGUCUGAGGAACUUGGCCAAUACUUUAUCCGCACGGUUUAUUCCAACUUGGCUGUUGCCUCCCGUGCGUGGAUGCGAGGUGUUGAAGGUCAAGGCAAAGGCGAUUUGCGUACUAAGCUGAUGCAAAUAUACGACUCCCUUCCGAAGCACUCAGCUUUCCAAGAUCUGGACGUCAGCGACUUUGCUUUUGUAGAUAAGGCCAAGAAGGAGCCAGCGGUAAAGGUUGAUUACCAGAAGAUCCUCUCAGAGAACGUCAAACUGUCUCGCCCCCCUCCUUCGAAGAAGCGUCAAGCUCAAGAUGACGACCCUUUCGUGGAUAACAGUCAACAAGGAGGUACUAGUGGAGCUGGCGCUGAACUUGGAGGCGGUACUCCUCAAGGGGCAGCUCGUUUUCUCUUUGGUAGUGAUGGUGCUAUGGACGACGAGCCUCGAUUUGAUGGAGACAAUUAUCAAGGCGCCGAAGAGGAAGAAGACUCUCAAACAAUGAGAGGGUCUCCUACUCCAGCUCGCUUCUAUCACUUUCAAUAG